UUUUAAACGUUUUUUUUUCUCUCUCUCUCUCUUCCAGUCUAUGGUUCAAACCAAAGCACACAAAUCUGAAAUGUACUCAGUCAAAGUUCUCCUCCUGAUUUCCGCUAUUUUGCCAUCUCGGAGUGAAAUGCACUCUCUUUACUACAUGUAUAGCGUCAUAUCAAAAUCUCUGAUGUCUGGAGAAAUGUUUGAAUUCUACACCUCAGUGGAACUCAGUGACAUUCAGAUGAGUUUGUGUAAGAGUGUGAAUAAAGCAGAUUUCAUGAGUCAGUUGUGUGAGGAAUCUGAGAGACUCUUUAAUGAAAGUGAUGAUCUGCAUUAUAAACAACAGUGGCUUCAGAUCAACCUUAAAACACUGAUGAUGGAGCACAAGAGGAAGGAGAACAGCACACGGGACACAGAUCUUCAUGUUCUUCAGUGGAGGCACGGCUGUGCAGUUGAACGUCACUCUAAUGGUUCAGUCAUGUUUCUUCAAGGCACUGAUGAAUACGCCUAUGAUGGCCAGACCUUGACCUUUGACCUCUCAAUGCACUGGAAGCCUUUAGUCCUUGACCAUGACAUCAUCUGGGACAGAGAAUCAGUUUCCAGCCUGGAGAGGAAAUGUGUGGAAACGUUAACCAGCUUCACUGACCUUCAGCUUGAGGGAAAGUUCAUCAUGGAAUCUCGUCCCGAUGUUCACACUCUUGUAAAAGCGUCUGGAUCAUCAGUCAAGCAGCUGCUGGUGUGUUUGGCCACAGGCUUCUACCCUAAACAUGUGCAGAUGGAGAUCAGACACAAUCAGACGCCGUUACCUGAUGAGCAGCUGAACUCAGAUGGAAUCAGACCGAACGCAGACGGAUCCUUUCAGCUGAUGAAGAGCCUGGAGAUCCUGCCGUCUGAAAGAGCUCAGUAUCAGUGUGUGGUGGAGCACCAGACUCUGACUGAAGACAGCCAUACAAGUGAAGCGGCCUGUGGCUCGUGGAAUGUAGUUUUUUUUUUGCUUGUUUUCCCCAUCAUCAUCUUCAUCAUUGUCCUCACAUUUAAUCAACUGAGAAAAUAUGGUGAACCUUCAAAAGAGCAGGACACACUGAAGACACCAUCACUAGUGCAAAUAUCAGCCCUUCAUAAAACACAGAUUGAAUCAGAACUGUUGGAGCAAAUAAGAGCAGAAAGAUGUGCAGGUUUGGCUGAUGCUUUAAAUGAUUCACAUGAUGAAAACCCCACAGAUCCCAAUAUGGAGGAGGAACACACUGAGGAGGUUCAUGACACUCAAAGUCUCUGUGAGACUGAAGCGACUCCAGCAGCAGCUCGAGGUGCAAUGGGCUCCAAAAUCAUCUCUCUGCCUAACUUUGCCAUGGAGAGAGAAGACACUGAUCAGAACACAUUUACCCAGAAUGCCCUGCUGUUACCACUGCCAAGACGCUGGAGAUCUAAGGACAUUUCACUGCCAAAUCUUGUUUAAGACAGAAAGGACUCCAGUGACUCCACCUGCUCUCCGUUUCAUCUCAUCUCUUCUUUUCUGUGAUGACGAGGGCGGGGCAACCUGUCACUCACAUGAGAUCCACCAAUAGCAAACCACAACCGUCCAAUCAAUUCCCCACCGACAAAAUCAAGCCCUGCCCUACAUUUGUUCUUGAUCCAGAAGCAGUUUUACUUGGAUAUACGUCACAAUAGAGAAGAAAAAAUCUUUGCAACUUCCGUUUCAUGCCAACUUUGUGGAAACUAGAAACUAAAUUUAAUCAUCAUUCUGUAAACUGUGUUACUUUAAUGUUAUUAUACUUAAAUUUACUGACUCAUACUGAGUGAUGGAAACCCUGUACACACCAGGGCAUUUAAAAUAUUGUUUUCCAGGCCAGGAAAAGUUGUCAGAGUAAUAAAUAGACUUUCUAACAAUGUUGCAUUUUAUAGUGAAAUAUGGAUUGGCAACUUGUCUAGUUUUUCUCAGCUAUAAAACACUAUAGCUCUUGUAUUCAAUGCAGGGGGGUUUUUUCAAAUUACUUUUUGUGCAAAUAAAAUAUAUUGUAUUUUUCUUA